AGUUGUGGCUUAUUUUUAUAUGUAAUCUGUAUGGGAAAAAAUUGUUUAUUUAUUUAAAGGAAUUAAAUUCCGUUUCUACAUACAAGCCAUGAAGUUGGAGCGUAUGCAAAGUACGACUCUACUUACUCAAUUAUAUACAACUCAUCCAGUUUCUUCCCCUCUUAUUGUUUGCUUGAGAAUCAGACAUUCAAGAAUACGACGACCUCUCACGAACAAUUCAUCGUCGGAUGAGACUUCCUUGCUGGAAAUCCUUAGUCGAGGGGCAACUCACAAAACCACCUCAAGUCGAUAAACCUGAUGGUCUCCAAGACCAUCUGAGUAUACUGUAUGAUGGACACAAACACAUCAAGUAAAUUCGACGAGAACCAAACUUCAAAUGAUUUGCUCAAUAGAUGCUGGGGUCGUCAAGACUGCUGGGAUUGUUUGUCAGUAGGCCCUUGCUCGUGGUGUGCCGUAUCCUCUACCUGCGUUCCAAAUACUUCUCCGAUGAAGAUCCUCGCACCUAUUUUCAACAGUAAUAUUUGUCCUCUCUGGUCUGAACGAUGGGAAUUGAGAGCGAGACCUCUAGGUUGUCACGUUUCAACGCUCAGCAUCACAUUUUUGACAUUUCUUGGAUCAAUUUAUGGAACACUUUUGGCAUUGGGGAUUAUCCUUCUCGUAAUGAAGUGCUUGGGAACUGGAGAAACAAACCAAAGGUGGUGGAAGAUAUCGAGACAGUAUCCAAGGAGAUUCUGGAAAAAGAAGGACUCGGGAGUGGUUGAGGCAGAUGAUUCCCCAGAAUCUCGUCCAUUAUUAGAAUAG